AUGGCACAAGAAGUUGAAAACAACAACAAUGACCAUCUGGUCCAGUCCUCUGACCCAGAGCACCCCGCCAACCUGAUUCCCGAGCUCUGCCGCAAAUUCUACAACUGGGGUUGGGUCACUGGUACUGGUGGUGGAGUGAGUAGUCACGUCCUUGGUCGCGGAAGACGACUGCCGCUGACCAGAGUAUCUAUUAAUGCACAGACUUCGAUUCGUCGCGGCGACCAUAUCUUCAUCGCGCCUUCUGGAGUUCAGAAGGAAUUGAUUCAGCCGCACAAUAUCUUUGUCCUGGAGUUCCCUACUCCCAAGUACCCUCCCUCCGACCGCAAGUACAUCCGCAAGCCCCUCGAACUGAAGCCGUCCGCAUGCACUCCACUGUUCCUUACUGCUUUCGAGCGUGGUGCGGGCUGCUGCAUCCACACGCACUCCCAGUGGGCUGUGUUGGUGACGCUCCUGGUCGAGCGUGAGAAGGGUCCCGACGCUUGCUUCGAGAUCAGCAACAUUGAGCAGAUCAAGGGUAUUCCUCGAGGCAAGGGCAAGGGCAUGCUGGGGUUCUUCGACACACUUAAGAUUCCCAUCAUCGAGAACACUGCGUUCGAGGAGGAUCUCACCGGAAGCUUGGAGAAGGCCAUGGACCAGUACCCGGACACCUACGCUGUCCUGGUGAGGAGACAUGGAAUUUAUGUUUGGGGCGAUGACGUUGCCAAAGCCAAGACGCAGUGCGAGAGCCUGGAUUACCUCUUCCAGCUUGCUGUUGAAAUGCACAAGCUUGGUCUUCCAUGGGUCAAAUAA